AUGCAUCGAUCAUUGAUUCUCUUCCUUGUAUUACUCGUCUGUAUCGCGGCUCUAUCGGUAUCGGCGGAUGAUGGACAGUUCGGAGGCACCGAAUGGGAACCGGAAGUAAGAACAGUGCUGCAAACAAAUGCACAGACCGAGAAACCACUCAAACUGCAAACCACCGAAUGGGAACCGGAAGUAAGAACAGUGCUGCAAACAAAUGCACAGACCGAGAAACCACUCAAACUGCAAACCACCGAAUGGGAACCGGAAGUAAGAACAGUGCUGCAAACAAAUGCACAGACCGAGAAACCACUCAAACUGCAAACCACCGAAUGGGAACCGGAAGUAAGAACAGUGCUGCAAACAAAUGCACAGACCGAGAAACCACUCAAACUGCAAACCACCGAAUGGGAACCGGAAGUAAGAACAGUGCUGCAAACAAAUGCACAGACCGAGAAACCACUCAAACUGCAAACCACCGAAUGGGAACCGGAAACCGAGAAACCACUCAAACUGCAAACCACCGAAUGGGAACCGGAAGUAAGAACAGUGCUGCAAACAAAUGCACAGACCGAGAAACCACUCAAACUGCAAACCACCGAAUGGGAACCGGAAGUAAGAACAGUGCUGCAAACAAAUGCACAGACCGAGAAACCACUCAAACUGCAAACCACCGAAUGGGAACCGGAAGUAAGAACAGUGCUGCAAACAAAUGCACAGACCGAGAAACCACUCAAACUGCAAACCACCGAAUGGGAACCGGAAGUAAGAACAGUGCUGCAAACAAAUGCACAGACCGAGAAACCACUCAAACUGCAAACCACCGAAUGGGAACCGGAAGUAAGAACAGUGCUGCGAACUGCACCGACCUACAUGUAG